UUUUCUUUAAAUGACAAGAAAGAUUGUACAUUUCUAUGUUAAACAUCGUCGGAAUAUCCGUAAAGUUAUAAAUUGCAUGUAAUACAAUAAAACAAACUACUUAUAUUUGCCAUAAUCGCAAAGGUGUACGCACGAAGACUGUAUGAAUCACAUGUUUUCUGAAUAAAUUAUAUAUUUAAACCUUGAUCUUUUUUACAGGUAAAUUUCAUCUCUCAUGUAUUAUUCCGGACACGAGAAAAAGUACAUGUGAACAUUGUUUAAGCAUAUGAUUAUCAAACAUUAUAACCUGCAAAUAACAUAUAGGCCUAGUGUAAACCUUAUAGGUUUAUGAGUGUACAUCUAAGUGAUGACAAAAAGACGGAUGUAGCUGUCAAUAUGUAAAGUAUUAUGUGAAAGUGGUACUUUCUCAAUUGCUUCCGUAGUAAUGACAAGUAUUGAGAGUUCAACGAUUGUGUGUCGUUUAUAUUGUAAUUUGUGAGCCAUGUUUGUCCAUUAAAGAUGUAACGAGUCAUGUAUUUUUUGUGGAGCCUCACUAUUUUCUGUGUAUAUAUAGUUGAUUCUAAAGUAAAGACCAAUGAGGCAUUUGUCACAAAUAACAGUUUUACAUGGAUGCAGGCAAAAUCAAGUUGUAAGCUGAUUGGACAAGAUAGUAAUGUAAAAACAGCUUCUGAUGUGAUACAGACAGUAUGGAUAGACGCAAAAGCUACUUAUUCCCCAUGGAUAGAAUACUUAGGUUGCUUUCAAGUCAACAGACAGAAAAAGGCGUUUUCGUACGUAACAGCAGGAAAACAAGUCCAUGAGUGUUUGCAAAUUUGCAGUGAUUAUCAGUAUAUAGGAAUCCAGCAAACCCGAUGUAUUUGCCCGUUAUCAAAUUCUAUAGUAGAAAUUAAUGAUCAAAGAUGCGAAUCGAAGACAUGUGUUCAAGACAAUGAUGGUUUGUGUGUAGAUGAUAAUGAAGAAGUUAUGUAUGCUGUAUAUAAAAAGGUAUCAAUUGAAUCAGAGGUAGGAAUAGGGAACUGCUUGACAAUGGUAGAGAACAGUGCUGGGACAGACUUUUAUUGGGCAAACCGCUGUGAUUUAAGAUUAUACCAAGUUUGUGAACAUGAAAAGAACAAGACUGGCAUACAAACGGCGGAGAUAAUUCAUGAUAUAUGGACACUGUCUCACACGCACUGUUCUAGUGGCAAACUAGGAUUGUAUUCUGUUACCAAUCUACAAAAGCUGCAGCUUAUAAGCAACACGUAUUAUUGGCUAGGUGAUAUCAGACGUCCUACAUAUACAUUUUACAGCGACAUAACAAGUUCACGAGAUCACUGUGUAGCUGCCAUAAUAGACAGAAGUGGUAAUCUAGAACGAUAUGUAGAAGAUUGUAAUAAAUCUUUGCCAGCGUUAUGCAAUCACCCUGAUGUAACAGUUCCUACAGGUGGUUUAGAAGUAGAACGCGAUCAUAUUACCUUAAUAGUAGUUCUUAUAUCAGUAGUAGUUUUUGCUGGAUUAGUACUUGUCCUUUUAUGUAUGAGGAUAAAAAAGAAUCAUUCACACCGCCUUCAUUCAAAACAUCCUUCAUCAAAGACUAUUGAUAGUGAUAAAGCAUAUGCUGAAAUCAGAAAGCCAGAUACAGAUCUCAAGCCCAUUUCGAACAUUUACAGUGUACAGACACAAUCGGAAUAUGAUCACAUUAAUCAUUGCAAAAAUGGGACAGAAAAUAAAAAUGGAAAUAUUUAUGACAUUAAUAAUUCUAUUGAAGAAAGUGAAGAUCACUAUGAUCAUACAAAUACAAAGGAACAUGACAAACAGUUUGCUGUUAACUCGGGAGAUUAUGUGCAAAUAUCAGUUCGUAUAAACGAGGUGUCUCCCUUAUGAAGCGUAUUUGUAUUUUAAUGAUACAAAGUAUACAAACAUAUCGAAACAGGUCUUAAGUAACAUGUUGAUGACUUUAUACUUUAUGAUCAGUUUGGGCCGCUAAGCUCUGAUUCGUUUAUUACCAGAGCAUUUAAUAGAUCAUUUAUUCUGACCAAAAGUAAACGUUUUACAGCUUCAUUUGAUAAAUAUGGUUUCCAACGAUAUUCUUUUAUUCAAAUUAAACCCAAGCGCUAGCUACAUUUUUAUAGUUAUUGGCAUAAUUUUGUGUUAAACUGAAAAUUUAAAUACAGUAACUUCAAAUGUAACAUUGAACACGAAAAAGUAUUCAUACAGGAUACAAAAUUAUAUAAAACUGGAAGCUUUGCAUCGUCUGUCGAAAAUACCAUACGUGGUCCUGACUGUCCUUUAAAAGUACGAAACUUUAAAAAAAAAAUGGUUUUGUAAUUGUCAGUAAUUUGACUCGCAGUAUUAUUCUUUUCUUUUAUAUUCAUCUAUAUUUUAGAGUGAUUUUGUCUUAUACACAUGUAUAAUGAUAAAAGCACUUACUUUUCUAUCAUCAUAAGUUUUAUUAUCGUUAACCUAAAACGUUGGUGUGAAUCUUAACAAGGGGACAUUUGUCAUUGCUCUUUUUAAAUUCCUUAGAAUCAAUGGCUUAUCAAAGGCGUAAUCUUGCAAAUCAUAAAAAAGGUUUUGUUAUUACUUCAUGGUUAAUCCAUAGUCCACUUUUUAAUUACAAUCGAUGCAAUUUGGAAGACAAAAUAGUCGUAAUAGGUUUAAGAUAUACGAUACAAUCAUAUCAUUUCCCCCUGCAUUACAUGAACUAAGCGUGAUUUUCAUUCUUUUAUUUGCGCUUACUUAAACAGGACACGUGUCCUACCAAAUAGAAGGUAAACUGUUGAAAACAUGUAUACACUUUGGAUAAUAUUAUAAAAACAUGUAUUAGCUUUAUUCUUCAAUAUGUAAUUCACACAUUCAAUGAUUUAGACUUUUGAUUAUUAUUCGAUGUAAUAUCAAAUAAAUUAUGGUUGACACUUAAAUACAGCUCAAGACGACAAUGCGUAUUGUUUUUUGUUUUUUUCAGUUCCCUGGAACUUUCUUUUUUAUGCCAAAUAUUAAUCAAUUAAUAACUGAUUGUUAAUCAACCGGAAUUUUUUUAUCGUACAUAAAACAAAUGUUUGAAAAAGGAUCAAAUACAUUGACGACGGUAAAUCUACUAUACAGCGAUAUGUUUGAAAAAAUUACAGAAUAAUAGUUUUAUUUAUCAUAUGGUUUAGAAGUCAUAUCUGAUCCCUUGUGUAUCAAUCAACUAGAAAUCUUUCUUUCGUUUAUGUAAGCCGCUGUUUCUUUAAGGAAACGUUUCCUCGAUAACGCCAAAAUACAGAAAA